CACAGAAUGGGAAUGCUGUAGAGAGAAGAAAAAGCAAAUUUAUGAGUUUUUUACUCCCAGACAGGCAGCUUUGUGUCAGUUACCUUCAAGAAAAGUUCACGCCCCAAAGGAGUGUUUAGUCUUACACAGCCACUGACUAAGCAGUGUGUGUGUGAGAGAGAGACAGACAGAGAUGAAGGAAAGUUUUGCCUCUUCAUGAAAGUUGUAGUAUUGUUUUAAAGAUGACUGCUACUUUUGUUUAAAGUAUUUGUUCUGGAAUUACUGAAGCUGGAGUCUACCAGACUGAGGUCAGAAGCAUUUUCUUUGGCAGAAAGAAGAUACUUUUAUAGAAGCCAUGCCUGUACUUGGGGUUGCCUCAAAGCUAAGACAACCAGCUGUAGGGUCAAAGCCUGUUCAUACUGCCCUUCCGAUACCAAAUCUUGGCACGACUGGGUCACAGCAGUAUUCAUCAAAGUCUUUGGAGCUUACUGGGGCGGAGAGCUCAAUGCUUUCUUGUCAGCUUACAUUAAAGUCAACCUGUGAUUUUGGAGAGAAGAAAACACUUCAAGGAAAAACCAAGGAGACAGAGGAUAGUAAGAUUUACACUGACUGGGCUAACCACUACCUAGCAAAAUCUGGCCACAAGCGGCUGAUCAAGGAUUUGCAACAGGACAUUGCAGAUGGAGUUCUGCUAGCAGAAAUCAUCCAGAUCAUUGCCAAUGAAAAGGUUGAAGAUAUCAAUGGCUGUCCCAGGAGCCAAUCUCAAAUGAUUGAGAAUGUUGAUGUCUGCCUUAGCUUUCUGGCAGCCAGAGGAGUAAAUGUUCAAGGUCUUUCUGCUGAAGAAAUAAGGAAUGGAAAUUUGAAAGCCAUUUUAGGACUGUUUUUCAGUUUGUCUCGGUACAAACAGCAGCAGCACCAUCAGCAACAAUACUACCAAUCUUUGGUAGAGUUACAACAGCACGUCUCUCAUUCUUCCCCUCCCACUGAAAUCAGCCAAUCCAAAACACAGCAAGAUAUGCAGUCCAGUCUGAGAGCCAGAUAUGCAACUCAGUCUAAUCACAGUGGAAUUGCAACCAGUCAAAAAAAGACUUCUAGGCUUCCAGGGCCCUCAAGGGUGCCAGCUGCAGGCAGCAGUACCAAGGUCCAGGGAGCUUCUAAUUUAAAUCGGAGAAGUCAGAGCUUUAACAGCAUUGACAAAAACAAGCCUCCACAAUAUGCAAAUGGCAAUGAAAAAGAUUCACCAAAAGGCCCUCACCCAUCUGCAGGCAUGAAUGGAAAUGUGCAGCAUCCCACCAGCACUGGGCAGCAGCCGGUCUCUGCCAUACCCUCUCCAAGUGCCAGCAAACCUUGGCGCAGCAAAUCCAUGAAUGUCAAACACAGUGCCACCUCCACCAUGCUGUCCGUGAAGCAGCCUAGUCCCGCCACCUCCCCUACUCCAUCUUCAGACAGGCUCAAGCCACCCCUUUCUGAAGGAGCGAAACCCCCUUCAUCCGGACAGAAAUCCAUGCUGGAAAAGUUCAAGCUGGUUAAUGCUAGGACUGCUUUAAGACCCCCCUUGUCAUCCAGUUCAGGACUCAAUGAGAGUGGAAGAGAGGAUGAUACCUUUUCGGAGUGUGGUGAAAUGGACGGCUUUAGCAGUGGGCUAAAUAGUGGUGGCUCCACCAGUAGCAGUCCUAAAGUGUCUCCUAAGCUAACCCCUCCAAAAGCUGGAAGCAAAAAUCUCAGCAAUAAAAAGUCUUUGCUACAGCCAAAGGACAAAGAGGAAAAGAACAGGGACAAAAAUAAAGUUUGCACUGAGAAAACAGUAAAGGAAGAGAAGGACCAGGUCACUGAAACAUCUACAAAGAAGAGCUCAAAAAUUGCAAGCUUGAUCCCAAAGGGGAGCAAGACUACAGCGGCCAAGAAGGAAAGUUUAAUACCCUCCUCUAGUGGGAUACCAAAACCUGGAUCAAAGGUACCGACAGCAAAGCAGAGUGCUUCAGCUGUGUGUGCAGGAAAUAAAGAGUCUGAAAAAUUCAGGACUACAAAGGGCAACCAGUCUCAAUCGACAACGAAAUCACAAGCUAAUGAGAAAGCCUCCACUUCCUGUAGUCUUGCUUCUUCUGAAGGAAAAGAAUCUAGCCCAGCUCUGACCCCUGGUUCUUCUGCAGUUCUUUCUGUUUCAAUGGCUGCAAGCAGUGGACAAGUCACGGGAAAUGGCAUCGUCCAACUUCCUCAACAACAGCAAUAUAGUCACCCAAACACUGCCACAGUAGCUCCUUUCAUUUAUAGAACCCACUCAGAAAAUGACAGUACCUCUUUACCACCUGCUGACUCCUGCACCAGUCCUACUAAAAUGGAUUUAUCAUACAGUAAGACUGCCAAACAGUGCCUAGAGGAGAUAUCUGGAGAAGACCCAGAAACAAGAAGAAUGCGAACAGUAAAGAAUAUAGCAGAUCUGCGACAGAAUUUGGAAGAAACUAUGUCCAGCCUUAGAGGGACCCAGAUAAGCCACAGCACAUUAGAGACAACUUUUGACAGCACUGUGACAACCGAAGUGAAUGGGAGAAGUAUACCAAGCUUGACAAGCCGAUCCACGCCAGUGACUUGGAGGCUUGGCCAGGCUAGUCCUCGCCUCCAGGCAGGAGAUGCCCCAUCCUUAGGUAGUGGUUACCCUCGCAGUAGUGCUGGUCGCUUCAUACAUACUGACCCCUCGCGAUUCAUGUAUACCACACCUCUUCGCCGAGCAGCUGUUUCUCGCCUCGGGAAUAUGUCACAGAUUGACAUGAAUGAAAAAGGAAGCAGUGAUCUGGACAUGUCCUCUGAAGUUGAUGUUGGAGGUUACAUGAGUGAUGGGGACAUUCUUGGGAAAAGCCUCAGAACAGAUGACAUCAAUAGUGGGUACAUGACAGAUGGAGGACUCAACCUGUAUACAAGAAGUCUGAACCGAAUACCAGACCUAGCUGCCUCCCGAGACGUAAUCCAGAGAGGGGUGCAUGAUGUGACUGUGGAUGCUGACAGCUGGGAUGACAGCAGCUCAGUUAGUAGUGGCCUCAGCGACACUCUUGAUAACCUCAGCACGGAUGACCUGAACACGACCUCAUCUGUCAGCUCUUAUUCCAAUAUUACUGCUUCUUCAAGAAAAAAUGCUCACACUCAGCUGAAGACUGAUUCAGAGAAACGGUCCGUAACAGACAGUGAAAACUGGGGCAGCACUGAAGAACUGAAGAAGCCAGAGGAGGACUUUGACAGCAACGUAGACAGCAGUGGGAAAUGGAAGGGCCUUCCCUCGGGGCUGUCUGAAGACUCAGAGAAGGGAGGUCAGAAAGCAUCUCUGUCUGUUUCACAGACUGGAUCCUGGAGGAGAGGCAUGACAGCACAAGUCGGAACGACCUCAUCCAGACACAAAGCUGGGACAAGUGCUCUCAAGACACCUGGAAAAACAGAUGAUGCGAAGGCUUCUGAAAAAGUGAAAACUCCCCUCAAAGGCACCUCUAUACAGCGCUCUCCAUCAGACGCAGGAAAAAGCAGUGGCGAUGAAGGAAAAAAGCCUCCCUCUGGCAUUGGACGGUCAACAGCUACUGGCUCCUUUGGAUUCAAGAAGGCUGGGGUGGGAUCUUCGACUAUAAUCACCACAAGUGGGGCAACCAUAACAAGUGGGUCGGCGACACUGGGGAAGAUGCCCAAAUCCUCAGCCAUUGGUGGCAAGUCAAAUGCAGGGAGGAAAACUAGCUUAGAUGGAUCACAGAAUCAGGACGACGGUGUAUUACAUGUUAACUCGAAGACCACACUGCAGUAUCGGAGUUUGCCACGCCCUUCAAAAUCGAGCACCAGCGGUAUUCCUGGAAGAGGUGGACACAGGUCCAGCACCAGCAGCAUCGACUCUAAUGUCAGCAGCAAGUCUGCAGGUGCUGCCACCACCAAACUGAGAGAGCCCACGAAGAUUGGCUCAGGGCGCUCCAGUCCCGUCACCAUCAAUCAGACAGACAAGGAAAAAGAGAAAGUGGCGGUGUCUGAUUCCGAGAGUGUUUCAUUGUCCAGUUCCCCCAAAUCCAGCCCAACCUCCGCCAGUGCCUGUGGGACACCAGGACUCAGGCAGCCAGGAUCCAAAUACCCAGACAUUGCUUCGCCCACAUUCCGAAGGUUGUUUGGUGCCAAGGCUGGUGGCAAAGCUGCCUCUGCACCCAAUACUGAAAGUGUGAAACCCACAUCAGCAAUGCCCAGCCCUAGUACCACAUUAGCACGGCAAGGAAGCCUAGAAUCUCCAUCUUCGGGUACAGGCAGUAUGGGCAGUGCAGGUGGGCAAAGUGGUAGCAGCAGCCCCCUCUUCAGUAAACCCUCGGAAUUAAAUACAGAUGUUGUAAGCUUAAGUCACUCCUUGGCUUCCAGUCCAGCAUCUGUUCACUCUUUCACAUCAGGUGGUCUCGUGUGGGCUGCAAACCUGAGCAGCUCCUCAGCUGGCAGUAAGGACACACCAAGUUACCAGUCAAUGACUAGCCUGCACACGAGCUCUGAAUCUAUUGAUCUCCCUCUGAGCCAUCAUAGCUCUCUCUCUGGAUUGACAACAGGCACUCAGGAGGUUCAGAGCAUGCUCAUGAGGACUGGAAGUGUCAGAUCUACACUAUCGGAAAGCAUGCAGCUUGACAGAAAUACACUACCCAAAAAGGGACUAAGAUAUACCCCGUCAUCUCGGCAGACCAGCCAGGAGGAGGGCAAAGAGUGGCUGCGCUCCCAUUCCACUGGAGGUCUUCAGGACACUGGCAGUCAGUCCCCUAUCGUUUCGCCUUCAGCUAUGUCUUCCUCUGCAACUGGGAAAUAUCACUUUUCCAACUUGGUGAGUCCAACCAACCUGUCCCAGUUUAACCUUCCUGGACCCAGUAUGAUGCGUUCAAACAGCAUCCCCGCACAAGACUCUUCUUUUGACCUGUAUGAUGACUCCCAGCUGUGUGGCAGUGCCACAUCCUUAGAAGAGAGACCACGAGCAAUCAGUCAUUCAGGCUCAUUCAGAGACAGCAUGGAAGAAGUACAUGGGUCCUCAUUAUCACUGGUCUCCAGCACCUCCUCUCUCUAUUCUACAGCAGAAGAAAAGGCACAUUCAGAGCAAAUUCAUAAACUCCGAAGGGAACUGGUUGCAUCACAGGAAAAAGUUGCCACCCUCACAUCCCAGCUUUCAGCAAAUGCUCAUCUAGUAGCAGCUUUUGAAAAGAGCUUAGGAAAUAUGACAGGCCGACUGCAGAGCCUAACAAUGACAGCUGAACAAAAGGAAUCUGAGCUUAUAGAACUAAGAGAAACCAUUGAAAUGCUGAAAGCCCAGAAUUCUGCUGCGCAGGCUGCUAUUCAGGGAGCUUUGAAUGGCCCUGAUCAUGCCCACAAAGAUUUGCGUAUAAGACGACAACAUUCCUCAGAAAGUGUUUCCAGCAUCAACAGUGCCACAAGCCAUUCAAGCAUUGGCAGUGGUAAUGAUGCUGACUCCAAGAAAAAGAAAAAGAAAAACUGGGUGAACUCUAGAGGAAGUGAGCUAAGAAGCUCAUUCAAACAGGCCUUUGGAAAGAAAAAGUCCACCAAGCCUCCUUCCUCACAUUCCGACAUAGAGGAACUCACCGAUUCAUCUCUUCCAUCAUCACCCAAAUUGCCCCACAACCCAGGGGACUGUGGGACAUUGUCAAUGAAACCGUCACAGUCAGCAUCUGCGAUAUGUGAGUGCACAGAGGCAGAGGCUGAAAUUAUUCUACAGCUAAAGAGUGAGCUGAGGGAAAAAGAGCUAAAGUUAACAGACAUUCGUCUCGAGGCCCUCAGCUCGGCACACCAUCUUGAUCAGAUUCGUGAAGCCAUGAACCGAAUGCAGAAUGAAAUUGAGAUACUGAAAGCUGAAAAUGAUCGCUUAAAGGCAGAGACUGGAAAUACCGGGAAGCCGGCUCGACCAUCUUCUGAGUCUUCAAGCAGCACAUCCUCCUCUUCAUCACGGCAAUCAUUAGGGCUUUCUCUGAACAACUUGAAUAUCACAGACUCUGUUACGUCAGAUAUUUUACUGGAUGAUGUCACAGAUGGAGCCCUCCCCAAAGAAGGCCACAGUGUUAAAAUUAUAGUCACCAUAAGUAAGGGCUAUGGUCGAUCCAAGGAUCAAAAGACGCAGGCAUAUUUAAUAGGAUCCAUUGGGGUUAGUGGAAAAACCAAAUGGGACGUUUUAGAUGGAGUAAUUAGACGUCUCUUUAAGGAAUAUAUCUUCCGAGUGGAUCCAGCUACUAGCCUGGGUUUAAGCUCCGAUUGUAUUGCUAGCUACUGUAUAGGGGAUUUAAUCAGAGCCCAUAGCCUGGAAGUGCCUGAACUGCUGCCUUGUGGAUAUCUGGUUGGAGAUAACAACAUCAUCACCGUGAACCUGAAAGGAGUGGAAGAAAACAGUUUGGACAGUUUUGUGUUUGAUACACUAAUUCCUAAGCCAAUUACCCAACGGUACUUUAAUUUGCUGAUGGAGCAUCACAGAAUCAUCCUGUCAGGACCCAGUGGCACUGGAAAGACCUAUUUAGCCAACAGACUGGCUGAAUACAUAAUAACUAAAUUGGGCAGGAAAAAAACUGAGGAUGCAAUUGCUACUUUUAAUGUAGAUCACAAAUCAAGCAAGGAUCUGCGUCAAUACCUAGCUAACCUGGCUGAGCAGUGCAGUGCUGACAAUAGUGGUGCUGAUCUCCCUGUAGUAAUAAUUCUUGAUAACCUCCACCAUAUUGGUUCUUUGAGUGAUAUCUUCAAUGGUUUCCUCAAUUGUAAAUAUAAUACAUGUCCCUAUAUUAUUGGAACAAUGAACCAAGGGGUUACUUCAUCACCAAAUCUAGAGCUACAUCACAAUUUCAGGUGGGUGCUAUGUGCUAAUCACACGGAACCUGUAAAAGGUUUCCUGGGCAGGUAUCUGAGAAGGAAACUGAUUGAGACAGAAAUAGAAAGGAACAUGCGCAAUAAUGAUCUCAUCAAGAUUAUUGACUGGAUCCCUAAGACAUGGCAUCAUCUCAACAGCUUUUUAGAAACGCACAGCUCCUCAGAUGUGACCAUUGGUCCUCGCCUUUUCCUCCCCUGCCCCAUGGAUGUUGAUGGCUCCAGAGUGUGGUUCACAGACCUUUGGAACUAUUCUUUGGUGCCAUAUCUUCUGGAAGCCGUGAGAGAGGGACUUCAGAUGUAUGGUAAAAGAGCGCCAUGGGAGGAUCCCUCAAAGUGGGUAGCAGAUACUUACCCAUGGAGCUCCGCACCUGUGCAGCAUGAAUGGCCAUCAUUACUUCAGUUAAGACCAGAAGACAUUGGGUUUGAGGGUUACGCAUCUGCACAAGAAGGAACAACUUCCAAGCACAUUCCACAAAGCGACACUGAAGGGGACCCCUUGAUGAAUAUGCUAAUGAGGCUCCAAGAAGCAGCCAAUUACUCGAGUGCACAAAGCUGUGACAGUGAUAGCACCAGCCACCAUGAUGACAUUUUGGAUUCCUCUCUUGAAUCAACUCUCUAGAGGGGACGAACCUGGGUAGAGGAUUAUAGUAAAAUCUAUUGCCACUAACUACUGCCAGGAUUAAAGAAGCACACUGAGGUCCCUGAACAAGAGCGGCGUGUUGUAGGUAGGCAGGAGGCUUAACUCUGCAAAGUCAGGAAUUAAAAUUGAAGUGGAAAGCUUGAAUUUGUUUAAUUUCAAGGCAUUUCAAUAUCAGUGGAGCGAGUAAGACUCCAUUAAUCAACUGGAAAGGGCCCUAAAUGAAGGGCAACUAAGCAGAUUGCACAUGUGUUAGCCAAACUGGAACCUUUUUUUUGUUUUUCCUUCCUCUCUCUCUCUCUCUCUCUCUCUCUCUCUCUCUCACUCUCUCUCUAAAAGUUUACAGUACAAACUUUUUGUUUUUUUCCUUUACUUUUCUGAGGUGCUGCAUUAGCAAUGCAGUCUUCUGCUCCUCUUCUAACCUCUGUUGUGCCACAUGGUGCUGGUCACAGGACUACAGUAGUGUUUGUCGUACACUACUGCCCAUUCCAAAAUGAAUCAAAGAUGAUGAUAGUAACUCAAUAAGCACAAACAGUAUUGUGCUAUCACCAGAAAACACUACUGUGAUAUGCUGGAUAAGUGCCAAUUUAAUUCUUAAUUGCCAUGGUCACAGUGACACUCUCCAUGAAGUUUUUAGUGUACAAGUCACCGAUUUUAUAAAGUUGUUUUUACCACAAAGGUCUUUUUUAACCACCUACCCACUCCUUUACAGUUUUAUACCAAUUAUUAACCAACACUGACUAAAGGCUUUUUAGGGCUUCAUUUGUUUGAGCCUUUUCAGUGGAAGAAGGAACAUUUCCUAUGGUGCUGUUUCACUGCCUUAAAACAGAUUUCUAGAACAGUUUUACGGUUGGUUUAAUUCCUAAACCAUUGGUAAUUUACACUGUUUUGUUUUCAUUUAUUACCGAAAUAACGUCAGUUAACACAGUAGCCUCAUAUCUGUAUAUCAUGAUUUUUUAAGAAAUGGAUAGGAGAAAGAACAGUUGCUAUAUAGUAUUUUUAUCUUGUGAAUAGAUUGCUCUGCCUACCCUCAGAAAUAUACAAGAAACCCAGAACCCACUUCCACUAUCACCUAAAAGCUGAAAAAGCUGCCCCAGAUCCAUUCAGUCCUGUGGAAUGGAGUUUUUGAAGGAUAGAUGUUUCGAAUUCUUAUCCAGCAGAGCUGGAUGCACUUGAUGCAGCAUGAGCACAAAUAUUUGUUUAUUUUUUUUUCUUUUUCUAAUUUUAAGCAUGUUGUUUUGAUUGAUAUUGUUGUACAUGAAAAAAAAAACAGCAUUAAAGAACACUGAAGCAGUGAUGUCCACUGUAAAAGUGGGUUGGUUUUGCACAGUCUACUGGGUGGGUAUUGUAAAUAUAAAAAGCCUUGCACAAAUCAAAACAAACAAACAAGAAAUUGUAUUUUAUCCUGUUGGUGUUAAGAGAUGUUAUACUUGCUGAGAUUUCCUCAAUGUUGCAAACAAAUACAGAAUGCAAACCUUAAAAACUGUUUUUAACCUCGUGUGUUUGUCCUGUAUUUACAGUUGUUAUGACUAUGCAGGAGCUAUCAAUGCUAGAGUGAGCAUGUUUCAAUUUGUAUAUUAAGCCAAUACAUUUCUGGGGGCAAAAAAUGAAAUUUAAGUGCAUCUGUCAUGGCAGGCUACAAACAGAUUGCAUGAAAACUGAUCAGAAUAAUUGGAAAUGCUAUUGCCACAAGAGACAACUGGAUAAAAUAAUUUAAAAAAAAAUAAUCCAAGGGCUAUGGCAUUGUGUAUAUGUACUGUACACUUAAAUGGAUGUUACCUUCAGGAUGUUGUAAUUGGUGCUACUAACUCUUUGUGGCCACCCUGUGGUCAUUUGCUGUAAAACAAAGACAAAGAAAUCAAUGCAGUUUCCAAUAGCACUGAGCUGCAUCAGUGAAUCUAGCGGUCCGUACACGGUGCUAUUGCCCUAGUACAAACUCUAAUUGAUGUUAUGCAUGUAGAAUGUAGUCAGACUGACGUGGAGCCCCAAAACUUAGAUCAGUUUCUAUUGUAAAACAUCAGCACAUGUAUCUGACAGCUGACCAAAAAAAACCAGCUGAUCUUUGUUACAUAUGUGUUCUGAACAAAUUUGCAAAUCUUUUCCUGCCAUUUUAGACACAAACACACACAAUAUUACCAUAUACAAAACUUCCUGCAAUACAUCUCAGUGAGUCCACCUAGUUUACAACUUAAAAAUUGUUUGUGAAACAUUUGUCUGUAUACAUUUUAUAUUUUGUACAUUUUUUGAUGUAACAUAUCAUGUAAAUAGACAGAAACAGUGAAAUAAAUCAUCUGAAAAGUUUUGUAGUCUUUGUAAAGCUCUAAUAAUAAGUAUUUGGUGUCAUCGGACUUAACUGGAUGAUGUAUUUUUAUUGGUUUAUUGUUCCUCUAGCUUGUAAACCAGCUUGCAUAUAUUUUUUUGCAGGUGUGCACACUGUAUCUGUCUAAAUUAUUACUUUGACAUUAAAGUGGAAUUAUUUAUUGAAAG